UGGCAUCAUCGAUGGUGACCCUUUAAUUGGCCAUCCCUAAUAUGCAGUUGGGUCUGCGAAGGAAAUAAGAGAGAAAUAGCUGCUAAACUUCAUGCACUAUGGCAGCAAAAAUCAAAGCAGAGCAAAUGUGGAUGAUGCUGAAAUCCAGGUGCAUAAGUGUCCAUCACAGCAUCCCUACUGCUUCUGUAUGUGACAUGAAAACCCAGGGUAUCCCUGCACAAUCAUCCUGUCCACACUCCCUGUCCUCACUACCAGGACCCACCAACUGGCCAAUUCUGGGGAGCCUUGUGGAUAUAUUAAGAAAAGGAGGACUGAAAAGACAACACCAAGCACUGGCAGGUUACCACAAGCGCUUUGGGAAGAUUUUCCGCAUGAAGCUAGGAUCCUUUGAUUCUGUGCACAUUGGAGCACCAUGUCUUUUAGAAGCUCUGUAUAGAGAGGAGAGCAAUUAUCCGAAGAGACUGGAGAUCAAGCCAUGGAAAGCUUACAGGGACUAUCGAGAUGAAGCCUAUGGACUCCUUAUACUAGAAGGGCAAGACUGGCAACGAGUCAGAAGCGCCUUUCAGCAGAAGCUAAUGAAGCCGACGGAAGUUGGGAAAUUAGAUACAAAAAUCAAUGAGGUCAUGGUGGAUUUUGUGCAGAGAAUUGACAGUGUCUGUAAUAAGGAUGGGAAAUUUGAAGACCUGUAUUGUGAACUGAAUAAGUGGUCACUCGAGAGUAUCUGUCUUGUCCUCUAUGAGAAGAGAUUUGGAUUUUUACAGCCAAACCUUGGGGAAGAGGCCCUGGAUUUUAUCACAGCCAUAAAAACCAUGAUGAGUACGUUUGGAUUGAUGAUGGUGACACCAGUUGAAAUGCAUAAAUGCUUGAACACCCGUAUCUGGAAAGACCACACUAAGGCCUGGGACAGCAUCUUCAGAACAGCAAAAUGUCACAUAGACAGAAGAUUGAUAAAGCUGUCCAAUAAGGACAAUGAGGAUUUUCUCUGUACAAUCUACAAAGACAGCAAGUUAUCCAAGAAAGAAAUGUAUGCUACAAUCACAGAAAUGCUGAUAGGAGCCGUGGAAACGACGGCUAAUAGCUUGCUGUGGGCCAUAUUUAAUAUUUCUCGUAAUCCGAUCAUUCAAAAGAAACUUUAUGAUGAAAUUAGGAGCGUGUUGUCACCUGACCAAGUGCCAAGUGCUCAAGACAUCCGCAAUAUGCCAUACUUAAAGGCAUGCUUAAAGGAAUCAAUGAGGCUGAGCCCAUCUGUUCCAUUCACAACUCGCACUCUGGAUAAAGAGACUGUGCUAGGGGAAUACGUACUUCCCAGAGGAACAGUACUGACCAUUAACAGCCACGUUCUGGGGUCCAAUGAGGAAUGCUUUGAUGAAGGGACUCAAUUCCGUCCAGAGAGAUGGUUGCAAGAUAAGGACACAAUCAAUCCAUUUGCUUACGUUCCAUUUGGCAUCGGGAAAAGGAUGUGCAUCGGGCGACGUUUAGCUGAACUCCAACUGCAAAUCAGCAUAUGCUGGCUGGUUAGGAGGUAUAACAUUAUAGCCACUGAUAAUGACCCCGUGGAGACUAUUCACUCUGGAACGCUGAUGCCCAGCAGAGAAUUACCAGUGGCUUUCCUCAGACGGUAAAUAGAGUGUCUCCCUGAAUGACGUACAGUAUUAAAGGACAACAAAACAGGCCAAUUCCAGUUCCUGCUAAACUCCAUGGCACGCCUGACAUUUACCGACAGGGCAGCUAACAAGCCUUGAACCAGUGAGAUAAGAGGAGAAGCCAAUGUUUACAUUGAACCCUGACAGAAAUGUGCUGAGGUCUACAAAAGUCAGGUCUAUGACGAGCAGAGUGGACCAUGCUCAGGGACCUAGGCCUUGCUGUACAGAGUGUUUGUAGAAUGUGUGUUUAUUUUGCAAAAAGUAGGUCAAGGCUACAGUGGAGAAAUGGCAGUAUAACUAAUAAGAGGGACAACAUAACAAGAACACGCACAUACAGUAACACACAUCCUUUAAAGACUUAUUACAACAAAUUGUUGCACUUGUCUGGAGAUAACAUUUUGCACUUAAAGGAAAAUAUACUCUGUGUAAGGCUCAUUUUCACUUUUUUUCCUAGUAAGAGAAUCUAAUUCAUUAACAUGACUUAUUGCUUGCAAUGCAGAGACUAGUCAAAUAAGUUAGACUCAGAUGGAACAGUGCCUCCCAGAGGCCAAAUUGUUAUUUAAAAUGUCAGAACACUUUCCAAUGAUACACGUGGGUGUACCCUCACUGCACCUGGGAGUACCAAUCGGCAAAUAAAGCCCUGAAAAACAUCUAUUGUUAAAACAUGAAAAACUGCUGUAAGCUGUAUGUAUGUUGGGUUAAAACAAAAACUGAACUAUAGACUGUUUUACUCUGCAGUAUUUAUGAACACAUGCUUUGGAAGGAUCUGACAUACUGUGGUUAGAUUCUUUAGAUGGCGUCAUGGCAUAGGCCAGUAAUUGCCUCAUACUUGAAUGAUGUCACUAGGAACUUGUGAAAUGAUAGGCUGUAUUCUUGUGAAUGAUUGUCCAGCUCACAAAAUAACCACCGCCAGUUAUGCAGCCAUCCUAUCACCUUUAUUCAGCUAAUUAUAAAAAAUGUAUUGUAAAUAGUGUGUCAAUAAUGAAGAUAACUAGGUGCCCAUUGGCGUUGUCUUUACCCAUACUAAAAGAGCUGAUGAAGAUUCCUUUUGACGCAUCUCUUACAUGUACAUACAGUAUGUUCAGUUCUUACUGCCAACUGAAUAUAAGCUUUUAUAGUAUUUUUUUACCUUAAUGUUGAAUAUUGAGUUUUCAUGCUGCUCUGUAAAUAAUGUCAGCCUCACUUUACUUCUCUUGUAAAUAAAGACCUUUAAACAUCAAA